AUGUCGGAACCUAUUCCAGAGUCAAUCCCGACAUCUGCUCUGCGACGCGCUCGACCACCCAAGAAAAAGGUUGCUCUCACCCCGGCUGGUCAACAGUCCGCGCAAGUGGAAGCUCUUUUCGCGAAUCCCGACCGCGUCGGUAACGGCAUCUACCUCGGACCGAAGCCGAAAACACUUGCAGCCAUCCCCGAAAUUAUCGCAAGCGUACAAGGAUCCUCGGCUGGUGCAGGAAGUGGCGAAUUCCACGUGUACAAAGCAAGCCGCCGGAGGGAAUAUGAGCGGCUCAAGAUCAUGGAUGAGGAAAAUCAGGCAGAGGAGGCAGAUCAGGAAUUUCAGGCCCGCAAAUCGGAGCGCGAACAGGCAGAAGCAGAAAAAUUGGAGAAGAACAGGAGUAAACGUGAAAAGAUGAAACAGCGACAACAGAAGAAGAAACUUGGGACGAAGGGAUUGCCGAGUGUUGUUGAUGCGGAGAAACAACAAAGCCAGGCAAGCGCGACUGGAGGCCACCUUAAAAGGAAGCUCGAAGUUGCCAGCAUCGCAAGUCCCAGCGGAAAUGAGACGGACACACCAGAGCCAGAUGCCCUGCAACGACCAAGUGCCGAGCCCACCACUGAAGAGCAAGGUAUCACAAUUCACGAUGAGGACUGA